GCCUGAGCACAUCAGCAAGAAGACAGAAUGAGUCGCCUCACAGAUAGCCCUUAUCGCCGGCUGCCUGAGGCCUCCAUGACCCACCUGAUGCCCCAAGACGGAGUCUGCGAGCUUAGCUGCCGACCGGGAAAGAAGUGUCCCGGCGGAACGGGCAAAGGAGCACAGCGGUGAGCCACAGAGAGGCAGCGCACACGUAGAUUGCAAAGCAGAGCGAGAUCAGUUGCAUCAUCGCCUCUCUGUGCUGUGUCGUGUGUGUCGCUGCAGGCAUCAUGACCACGUUUGGCCGCACGUUGGUCGGCCUCACUGUGUGGGGCGAGGGCAAGGCUUACAGGUCCCCUGCGGGUGAGCUGUUGUGUGACCGUCGUGGACAACGGACUGCUGAGGGAGGUGCGGCUGCCCGACAACAGCGGGGUGCGCUUCUUCGAUGGCCCCAUUAGCAACCGGCCGACACUGCUGCCGUUGCCGCAAGGACCACCGAACAAUCAGAUGUAAGCAAGAAGGACACCUCAGUCUCAGUCAUGCCGCAAUUGUGGCUGAUGAUUGGCGCUGUGUCUGCUCUCUCUCUCUCUCUCUGUGUGUGUGUGUGUGUGUGUGUGUGUCGUCGGCAGUCCCUUCAUUGGCGGCGGCGCCACUCUGCGCCGUCGAACCGGCACACUGCCAUCGUUUGGCUACCGGUAUGAGGUGGUGGAGGAGGGCACCGGCAGAGUGCCCUCACUCAACGACACCGUCAAGUACGACUGGAUUGAGUGGCGUGAUGCAUUCGACGGCCGGGACAAAGUAUUCGAUAGGCGUGGGGAGGUGUAUCGUGUGUCUGUUUAUAGUGGGUGGUUCCGUGAGGCAUUGCUGGAGAUGCGUGAGGGGGAGGUCAGGCAGAUCAAAGUGCCAUACGGCAGAGGCCCCUACCGUCAGCUGCGGUUGGUCAGCAUAGAGUAGGAGAGAGUCCCCACACACACACAUGUGGGGGCGGCUGUGUGUCACACACUCAUGUGUGCGGCCGGGGGCUCGUCACUCGUCACCUGCCUGGCCGUGUGCUCUGGCUUUGAGCGAAGGAGUGAGUACGUUGGCUGUGUGUCUGUCUGUCUGCGAUGAGUGGAUGAGCGAGCGUCGUCUGGGUGGCCGCCUUGUUUAUCGGUCGGCCGGCCACAGUCUCUCUCUCUCUCUCUGUGUGUGUGUGUGUGUGUGUGUCCGAUCUCAUUAUGUCUGUCGCGCUGCGUUGAGAGGGGAGGGCUGCCGUCUCGGAAUGUCUGUGUGCCGUUCUGCCUUUAUCCUACCGGGUGAGUUGUAAGGGUGUCGGUCUGUCAGUUGGCUGGAGGCGACACACGAGUGGGUGCUGUGCUCUGUGUGUACCAUAGGCAGACUUUCGCUCAACCAAAGAGAGACAGCACACGACGGCUCACAGACUGGAUGGGCCUCUUUGUGCCUGCCGUCGUCGGGAUGGUUUAUCUCUCACCGUGUGUGUGUCUGUUGUCGCUGCCUUUGUCGCGUGUGCGUCUGCCAGACACUCAGGGCAACUUUGUGUCUGCCGUCAGUGUGCUGAUGCUGCUGCCUGUGGGCCGUGCUGUUGGUCGAGAGAGCCUUUAUUUCUCUCGGUGGUCGUGUUAACUCGCUAAUGACAGGCAGCGAUGACCACAUUGGUUUUUUUUCAUGGCAUUCAUGGUGGCUUGGUGUUACACUGCCGCACACCUUUGUCUUCCUGUGGGUGUCUCUGAUGGUCUCUUGAGACUCACAAUCGAUCGGCUGAGGUCUUUUCUGUCUGUGGUUGACGGCCGGCAGAGAACACGCCAGCCGAUCGGCGCUGAGCCGCGAGAGACCACAUAGACAGACACAACACAUUCAUGCAGAUUGAAUGUGGGUGGGUAAGUGUGUGUGGUGCCCUCUUAUGCUAUGUCCCUCACUGCAGACGGCUUCUCUGUCUGUGGUCGACCUCAGGCAGAGACACCGUCAGCCGAGGGGGGCUUAGCCAACAGAGAACAUCAGCCAUUCACACACACAUGGAGGGGUGUGUGUUGACGAUUUUUGUCUGUCGGGAUUGGCGAUCGAAUGAGUGCAGACAUUUAUUCACUCGACAUCUGAUCUGAUCAAGCGAUGGGUCUCCC